AGGCCGGCUGUACCUUAUUGAGGAUUUAUCGGCCUCGUAUCUCGAGGCUGUGGGCACGCACUUCAACAUCAACCCCGUCUUCUUCCUCAGGCACUUUUAUGCGCCGGUCAUCCACAAGCAUCAGCAGCUCGACAUCGCUCAAUGUCCGCCACAACAGCUGCAUUGCGGCAUGCACCAGCACGCCACGGGCAUGUCGCUACGUUACUAUGAUACCUUCGUCAGAGAUGGCCCGUUGGAGCGAUGGGCCAAGUUCACCGCCUGCAAUGCUCGCCGCAAAGUCGUAGUCACUCGGCCAUUUCCCAGAAAGGAUGCCAUGUUGACCAUUCUUCGCAACAUCUCCCUCCAUGUUGUCGACAACGCCACCGACAAGCCGUGGUCAGGGUUGAUGCCCCUGUGCGGUCACAUUGGGUUAUCUCAGAACCAGGUCCAGGUGGAAGAAGAGACCGGCUCGAGCUCUGCCACUUUAAGCCAUAUAUGGCACCUCUUGCAACAUCCGCCGACCUCUGGGCCAAGGAUGUCCUUACCUCACACCCGACAAAGGGUAUCACCAUCCCAUACGAUGAGGCUGGCCCCUUUCAGAAUAUAAUCGACUACUGGGCACGGCGAUAUACCAGCCUUGACCUCGCCACCGUGAUCGGAAACCCUCAAGGUGUUUUGAACUCGGUCGCCACAGGAGUCAUCUUACCGUCAUGGAUGAAUCUGUUGUCACUCUUGUCGGCGACUCUGAGUAACCACGAAUACUCAAUGUUUGAGUUCGAGGAGAUUUCACCAAACACGAGCGGAAAGAAGGUCAAGUCGGAGCUGACCAAACUUCGGGAUGCCCUUGGAAACAUCAGUCGCACCCGACGACGGGCUUGGUGGUACAUUGAGCACAUACACGUAUCGUUCCAGAACCUCGGUUACCCCAACGGGAGGGUCGAUCCCCAGUCUCACGGACACUCCAGCGGCCACUCUCCCGCAAUUGAAGAGCUGUCCGUCAUCCUCAACCGCUUCUACUACAUGAAAGAGCGGAUUGACUCUCUGAUCCCCAUCAUCCAAAACGCAUGCAACAUCUUGGAGGCCCAGCGAGGUGCCCUGGAGACGAAACAGUUCAACGCGCUGACGUCACUCGCGUCCGUCUUUAUCCCUAUCAGUACCUGUGCUGCCAUUUUCAGCAUGGGCGAUGGCUACUUGCCUGGGGAGGCCAAUAAUUGGGUAUUUUGGGCCGUUGCCCUUCCUCUGACCACGGGCGUGAUGCUGGUCAUCUUCAAUUUGUCAUUCAUGCAAAUGCUUGCGAAGUCGGCGGUGAGCCGCAUCGAAGCUUUACGCUAGUGCAGACUGAGCAACGGGGCCUGCCGUAGACAAGUUCUGUACCUAGUACUUAGUGUAAGAACGUAUGUAACCCCAGGGCCGG